ACUUGUCGUUCUCUCUUCACUGAGCUGCAUUCUCUAUUUUUCUCUCGACUCAAACCUUAUCCCCCAAACACGAUCAACCCAAUCGUCCCCAUGGCGGCCACGCUCUUCUCCAUCUCCCCCAUGUUCCUCUCCCUCCCCUCGUCCUCCUCCUCAUUUAAGCAGGCCCCCUCCGCAUUCUUUCCCUCGAAGACCCCGCAGCACCGCGCCCUCGCCUCCGCUGGCUGGAGGCACCCGCUCGCUUCCUUGGCCGUGUCCGUGUCGUCAGAUGUCGAGACGGAGGUCGCCCAGGAGUUCUCGGAGGACCUAAGGGUGUUCGUUGGCAACCUCCCCUUCAGCGUCGACAGCGCCCAGCUAGCCGGCCUAUUCGAGCAGGCUGGCUCCGUUGAGAUGGUCGAGGUCAUCUAUGACAAAUUGACUGGACGAAGCCGUGGAUUUGGGUUUGUAACUAUGUCUACUGUCGAAGAGGUUGAGGAGGCAGUUGAGCGGCUCAAUGGCUAUGUACUUGAUGGGAGAAGUUUGAAGGUGAAUUCAGGGCCGCCACCACCCAGGGACCAAUCCUCACCAAGAGGAUUUAGAGAGCAAUCAGGCGGAUUCAGGCAGCAAUCCUCACGUGGGCCUGGUGGUGGGGACAAUAGGGUCUAUGUGGGUAAUCUUUCUUGGAAUGUCGAUGACUCAGCUCUUGCAAACUUAUUCAAUCAGCAAGGGAGUGUCUUGGGGGCCAGAGUCAUCUAUGACAGGGAGAGUGGGAGGUCAAGGGGAUUUGGUUUUGUCACAUAUGGUACCAGUGAUGAAGUUGAGAAAGCAGUAUCUAAUCUUGACGGCUCUGACUUGGAUGGAAGACAGAUCCGUGUUACAGUAGCAGAAGUGAGACAACCUAGGCGAGAAUAUUAAAAAUCCUAUUUUAGAUGAAGCGAAGCGGAACUAUGUAAUGCUGCCAGGUUUUUGCCCUCUAGUACA